GGUUGGAAGGUUUAUAAGUGUGACGAAUGUGGUAAAGAAUGUUUCACUAAAUUCAUGUUAAAGGAUCAUAAAUUAACUCAUAUUGAAGAGACUCCUUUUAUUUGUGAAACGUGUGGUCAGGGCUUUAAAUCGCGCACCUGUUUAAACAGUCACGUUCUACAUCGGCACAGUGAGGUGAAAAAACAUCCGUGUCCGAACUGUACGAAGACUUUUAAAACUAGAACUCAAAUGAACGUCCAUUUCCGAACACAUACUGGAGAGAAACCAUUCAGCUGUCCACACUGUGAAUAUAAAAGUACCACUCGAGGCAAUAUGAGACUGCAU